UUAAUACUUGAAAUAAAUUACACCACAUUAAAUUUUUAUAAAAAUCAUGGAAAUAAAAUGUGAUACUUCAAAUCCACCUUUAGGUGGAUUAUUAACUGCUAAUUAUUUAAACUCAAUCGAAAAAUCAGUUACAAUUACUUGGGGUAAAGAAACCGUUUUGAAAAUUAAUGGAGAAGUAGUUAACUGUGGUGAUUUCGGCAACGAUUUAAUCAUUUGUCGAGCUUUAGCUCGUUAUUUUUCUAAACAUAAUUUAUAUGGAUGCACGAUUUUAGAUAAAACUCAAAUCGAUUCAUGGUUAUCGUUUACGUUAGGUGUAGUAUCUACAAGUGCAGAAUUUUUAGAAACGAUUACUCAUUUAAAUAAGGCAUUAGGUCCGAUCACUUAUCUUGUCGCUAAAAAAUUAACUAUUGCUGAUUUUGCGGUAUUUGCUUCACUGUAUACUAAUGCUAAUUUUAAGAAGUUGUUAAGCAGUAACACAGUUCCGGUGAAUGUUUUACGCUGGUAUAAUCAAUUAUUAGCUCUUCCUUGUACAAAAGAAUCAUUGCAAUUAUUACCUGAAGAAGCAAAAAAUUCGUUAUCAGUUAUGCAAACAUCACGUCGACGUUCAUUAAGUGGGUCUCGCCGCACCUCCACAAACAAAAAUAAUACUGGAGAUAAUAACAAAGGCGCUAAGCAAGACGGUAAAUUCGUUGAUUUACCUGGUGCUGAAAUGGGUAAAGUAGUUGUGAGAUUCCCACCAGAAGCUUCAGGUUAUUUGCAUAUCGGUCAUGCGAAGGCUGCGUUAUUAAAUCAAUAUUAUCAACAAGCAUUUCAAGGUAAAUUGAUAAUGCGAUUUGAUGAUACGAAUCCAGCAAAAGAGACUGUUGAAUUUGAAAAUGUUAUUUUGGAGGAUGUUGAAAUGCUUCAAAUUAAACCUGAUCAAUUUACACAUACUUCUAAUUAUUUUGAUUUAAUGUUGGAAUAUUGUGAGAAAUUAAUUAAGGAAGGUAAAGCUUAUGUGGAUGACACCGAACCAGAAAUUAUGAAACAAGAACGCGAGCAACGUAAAGAAUCUGUUAAUAGAAAUAAUGAUGUUAAUAAAAAUAUGAGUAUGUGGCAAGAGAUGUUAAAAGGUUCUGAAUUGGGACAAAAGUAUUGUGUUCGUGCAAAAAUUGAUAUGUCUUCGGCAAAUGGUUGUUUACGAGAUCCAACUAUAUAUCGUUGUAAAAAUGAACCACAUCCACGAACUGGAACAAAAUAUAAAGUUUAUCCCACAUAUGAUUUUGCAUGUCCGAUUGUGGAUGCCAUAGAAGGUGUUACACACACUCUACGUACAAUGGAAUAUCAUGAUAGAGAUGAUCAAUUUUAUUGGUUUAUUGAAGCAUUAGGUUUACGUCGCCCGUAUAUUUGGGAAUAUUCUCGUUUAUCAAUGACCAAUACAGUUUUAUCAAAACGUAAAUUAACAUGGUUCGUUCAGGAGGGUCUUGUCGAUGGAUGGGAUGAUCCACGUAUGCCAACAGUUCGCGGUGUAUUACGUCGAGGUAUGACUGUUGAAGCGUUGAAACAAUUUAUAAUUUCACAAGGAUCAAGUCGAUCUGUUGUAUUCAUGGAAUGGGAUAAAAUUUGGUCAAUUAAUAAAAAGAUAAUUGAUCCAAUUGCACCGCGUUAUACGGCAUUAGAAUUCGAUAAUCCCGUAGUUGUCAAUGUAGAAGGUGCAAAAUUAGAAGCAUUAUCAAUACCAAAACAUCCGAAAAAUGAUGUUGGUAAUAAAACGGUUUGGGUUGGUCCAAGAAUUUUAAUUGAUUUAGCUGAUGCUGAACAAUUAAAAGAAGGUGAAAAUGCAACAUUUAUCAACUGGGGAAAUUUGAAAAUUAAACGCAUUAACAGGCAAAAUGGAAAGGUUUCAUCGAUAGAUGCUGUUACAAAUUUGGAUGAUAAAGAUUAUAAAAAAACAUUAAAACUCACAUGGUUAUGUGAUACUGAUAAAGGUCCAUUCACCCCAUCUUAUUGUGUUCAUUUCGAUCAUAUCAUCAGCAAACCGUUGCUAGGAAAAGAUGAAGAUUUUAAACAAUAUGUUGGACAUAAUACCAGGACAGAAAUUAAAAUGUUAGGAGAUCCUGAAUUAAAAUCAUUGAAAGAAGGUGAUAUAAUUCAACUACAACGACGUGGAUUUUAUCGCGUGGAUGUUCCAUACGCACCAGUUAGUCCGUUUAGUUGUAAAGAACAACCUAUCAUUUUAUUUUCAAUACCCGAUGGUUCUUCUAAGGAAUCUCUCCCCGCUUCUAAACAGGCAUCUACCACACAAACGAAAGCCACGAAUGCCUCCAAGAGUGGAGGAGAUGCAAAAGAGUCAAAAUCGUCUGAUAAUAAUAAAUCUGCAGAAAAAGUAAAUUCUGACAUAAUUAAUCAAGGCGAUAUUGUUCGAAAGUUAAAGGCUGAUAAGGCUUCAAAAGCAGAUAUAGAUGUUGCUGUUAAAACUUUAUUAGCAUUAAAAGCAGAAUUCAAAACUUUAACAGGUAUUGAUUGGAAACCUGGAUGCGAAGUUCCAAAAUCAGAAAAUAAAGCAUCUGAUGAUAAAAAAUCUGCAGAAAAAGUGAAUGCUGACAUAACUAAUCAAGGUGAUAUUGUUCGAAAAUUAAAAGCGGAUAAGGCACCAAAAGCAGAUAUAGAUGCUGCAGUUAAAACUUUAUUAGCAUUAAAAGCAGAAUUUAAAACUAUAACAGGUAUUGAUUGGAAACCUGGUUGUGAAGUCCCAAAAUCAGUACCAUCUGGCGAUAAUAAAUCCGCAGAAAAUGUAUCAUCUGGCGCUAAUAAAUCAGCAGAAAAGGUGAAUGCUGAUAUAGUUAAUCAAGGCGAUGUUGUUCGAAAAUUAAAAUCUGAUAAAGCUCCAAAAGCGGAUGUGGACGCUGCUGUUAAAAUUUUGUUAGCAUUAAAAGCAGAAUUUAAAACUUUAACAGGUAUUGAAUGGAAACCUGGUUGCUCUGUACCAAAAUCUGAAAAUUUACCAACAUCACUAUCAGCUAACGAUAAAUCUGCAGAAAGUAUAAAUUCAAAAAUUACAACACAAGGAGAUAUUGUGCGUAAAUUAAAAGCUGAUAAAGCACCAAAGGCUGAUAUUGAUGCAGCUGUUAAAAUAUUAUUAAGUUUAAAAGCUGAUUUUAAAAAUGUAACAGGAAAAGAUUGGAAACCAGAUAGUGUUGUUUCACCUCCAAAGCAAGUCCAAACAGCAGAGCCAAAAACUGUGGUGAAAGUUGAAUCUAAUGAAAUAAGUAAUAAUAGUAAUGUUGACUUAAACACAGCUAUUACAAACCAAGGAGAUAUCGUACGUAAAUUGAAGGCUGAUAAAGCACCAAAAGCUGAUAUCGAAUCAGCUGUAAAAAUAUUAUUAAGUUUAAAAGCUGAUUUUAAGUCUAAGACAGGAACCGAAUGGAAACCAGGUAGCGUUGUGAAAUCUGAAACAAAUGUACCUGUUAAAGAAGAACCAAAGUCUCCACCGAAAAUGACUGGUGAAAAUAGCCAAGCAGAAAAUGUAAACACUGCCAUUAAAAAACAAGGUGAUCUUGUACGACAAUUGAAAGCUGAUAAAGCACCUAAGCCUGACAUUGAUGAAGCUGUGAAAGUAUUAUUAGCGUUAAAAGCAGAUUUUAAGCAGCUAACAGGUAUUGAUUGGAAACCAGGAUGUACAAUUCCAAGCGUAAAAAAUGAAAAAACUGAAGUAAAAACUCCACCUAAACAAAAACAACCUAAAAAGAGUGAAGUAAAAGUUGAGUCAAAGGAUGACGCCAGUGGGGUAAAAAAACAAACUCGUUUAGGAUUGGAAACGAAAAAGAGUGAAAAUCUUUCAGAAUGGUAUUCACAAGUAAUUACUAAAGGUGAAUUAAUUGAAUAUUAUGAUGUAUCCGGCUGUUAUAUUUACCGUCCAUGGUCGUUCGCCAUUUGGGAACAUAUACGUGAUUGGUUUGAUAUUGAAAUUAAAAAGUUAGGUGUUGAAAAUUGUUAUUUUCCAAUAUUUGUAUCACGUUCCGUACUUGAAAAAGAAAAAACACAUAUCGCUGAUUUUGCACCAGAAGUUGCAUGGGUUACAAAAUCUGGUGACUCUACUAUGGCUGAACCAAUCGCUGUACGACCUACAUCUGAAACUGUUAUGUAUCCGGCAUACGCUAAAUGGAUUCAAUCGUAUCGUGAUUUGCCGUUGAAAUUAAAUCAAUGGAAUAACGUUGUGAGAUGGGAAUUUAAACACCCUCAACCAUUUAUACGCACACGUGAAUUCUUAUGGCAAGAAGGUCAUACGGCUUAUGCUAAAAAAGAAGAUGCCGAAAAAGAAGUUAUGCAAAUAUUAGAUUUAUAUGCAAAAAUCUACACGGAUUUAUUAGCCGUACCAGUUGUAAAGGGGCGUAAAACAGAAAAAGAGAAAUUUGCUGGCGGUGAUUAUACAACAACUGUUGAGGCAUUUAUAUCGGCCAGUGGUCGUGCUGUACAAGGUGGCACAUCGCAUCAUUUAGGUCAAAAUUUCUCAAAAAUGUUUGACAUCAUUUUUGAAGACCCCGAUACACAAGAAAAGAAAUACGUUUAUCAAAAUUCAUGGGGUAUCACAACCAGAACAAUUGGUGUAAUGAUCAUGAUCCAUGCGGAUGAUCAAGGAUUAGUAUUGCCACCGCGAAUCGCUUCUAUACAAGUAGUAAUUGUACCAUGUGGUGUUACUGUUUCGUUGGGUGCAAAAGAACGCGAAGAAUUGUAUGCUUCAUGUCAAGCGUUAGAAGAUGAUUUGAAGGCUGAAGGUGUGCGUGUUAAGGGUGAUUAUAGAGAUAAUUAUUCGCCUGGUUGGAAAUUUAAUCAUUGGGAGUUGAAAGGUGUUCCAAUACGUAUUGAAUUAGGACCAAAAGAUUUAAAAAAUAAACAAUUAGUAGCUGUUCGGAGGGAUACUGGUGAAAAGAUAACUAUACCAAGAUCAUCAGCCGUCAAAGAUUUAAUUGCUUUGAGAGAUAAUAUUCAAAAUAACUUAUAUACCAGAGCUGAAAAUGAUUUACGUUCACACACAAUUACAACACACAAUUGGCCGGAAUUUUGCACCGCAUUAGACAAUAAAAACAUUCUGUUAUCACCAUUUUGUGGAGAAAUUGAAUGUGAAGAUAAAAUUAAAGCUGAUAGUACGAGGGAAGAAAGUUUGGAACCAGGAGCACCAGCCAUGGGUGCAAAAUCAUUAUGUAUACCAUUUGAACAACCAGAGACAAUAAAAUCGACAGAUAAAUGUAUUCAUCCAGAUUGUAAAAAUAAACCAAAAUAUUAUACAUUAUUUGGUAGAAGUUAUUAACAGCAAUCUUACGUAAUGUCUGAGUUUAUAGAAAAUUUUUAUCGAACAAAAAUAAAAAUGCGUUAAAUCUUUUUUAACUUGUA